AAAAAAAUUUUUUUUUUUUGAAUUUCAAUGUCAAAUAAGCAUUGAUUUGAAUGUGAAUUAAAUAAUUAUUACAAGAAUUUAUGUCCAAAAAUGCAGUGUUUGUUAACAAUUCACGUGCCGUUCAAAGCAAAUGACCGGUCAAUCGAUUUCAUUCAAAAACUUAACGCAAAAGUCAUUCAACAUUUCACCGACCGAUUCGUCACUUCAUUAGUGUUGCAUUGAAUCCAUUCAUUGAAUGAUUUAAUUCUCAUUUCGUCGACAUUAAUAUCUUUUGCAAUCAUCAAUGGCUAAGAAAGGGUCCAAAGAGGUGACAAAGUGCCGCAAAUCACCUCAAAUGAGAAAAAAGACUUCAUUUGUUCGCUUCGUAGUCAUUGUCCUGUCAUUUAUAUCAUUGAUGUCUCGUAUAAUUUAUUGUACAUUUGCCACUUGGCUUACAUUCACCACAUUUGAUUGUCAUCCCUGUGCUAACAGCACCCACAACAACGGCUCCGGACCGCUAUUUAUAUCACAUCAUUCAUCAGCUUUAUUCAAUUCUGUGAGAGGACUUAACAUUCAAUCAAAAGAAGCGGAUAUCAAAAACAGACACAAAAGAUCGCCAAUUGAUACCUACCAACCAUCCAACCAAUCGAUACAGAUUUCAUCWGAACAUGAGAUCAUCAAAAAACUAUUUCACAAUAUCCGCAAUAAAACGGAUCAUUCAAUCGACAACAAUGAACUGGAAGUUGUCAUUGACACCAUUGAUGAAGAUAUUGAAAGAAAUGUAAAUUUGCUAAACAAUAGUAUUAAUAGUAAUCAAUCGGAACUCAACCGAAGUCCUCAUAAGCGAGAUUUGGCUUUUUCUGUCACACAAAAUGAUUUCGAUGAAAAUGCAAACAUAUCUGAGAAUACUAUUGUCCAUCAAUUAGUUAAUGAUAAUCUUGUGGAUAAUCUGGUCAAUGGUUUUGAUACUUUGCACUCAAAUUUGUCAUCUCAAGAAUGGAUAGAAGAAUUUCAAGAAUCAGUUCCAGAAGACAGUUCUAAUACUAUGACAAUUACAUUAGACGGUAAUCAAACAUUUAUUUCGUCCAACGGCACCAUUCAAACGGAUCAAAGUUGGUCACAGAAUAGCUUAAAUGACGACCAACUAAUCAAUGACACGGCUUAUGUCCGGUCGAUACCAGAUCUAAAUAGCCGUCCAAUGGAUGUCUGUUCUGAAGAUUGCGGACAAUUUCUAUCAAUUGAAUUAAGCGAUCCAUCAAUGAGAAAAUGGGCUACAAUUGUCAUCACUGGUGUCUUCUAUAUCUACGCGUUUGUCAUGUUUAGCAUUUUUAUGGGGGCCUGUCUGGCACUGGUCGAUGUCCUGGUCAUCGCCACAUUCAUUGAAGGCGCCAAACUGUUUGCUGGAUUUAUACUUAUUAUCAUCGAUAGCUUUAACGGAAAAGGCGUUGAAUUCAAUUUGAUUGACAUCCGAUUCAAUGUAAACAAUGCGGGUAAUGGAUGGACGGCUGAUUUUUCUUACUCUGAAUACUUAUUGGAUAUCAUAAUCUUCUUUGUUUCCGCUUAUCUAUGCAUUCGUGUCUUCCGUUGUUUCGAAAGAAAGAGACCAAAGAAGGUAUCGUCGAUUGAGGAGUUGGUCGAUACAAGAGGUACGUAUCGACCGAAUCCUUCCCGCAGUGAUUUGGAGCCUAUUUUUGAACACUCAUCCACUCAUUAAUUGUCAUUUAAUUAAUUUAUAUUACAAUUUAAACAAUUUAUUUACUAAUUAUCUAAAUUCUUAU